GUCUAUGAUGACUGUCAAACCGCCAUAACAAAUCUGACAACUUCCCCAACUUGAUCUUUAUCGCCACCCUCUCUUCCUAUCAUCAUGUCGUCGUAUAAUCAUCACAGUUCCCAAUACUCUCUUCAAAACACGUGGCACAAUAUGACUGGCUGAACAAACCAAUAGUCGGUCCCACCAGCCCUGAUGCCAAUCCCCCCCGCCCAUCCCCCCCUCGAUCGUUGAUCAAACCCUAGGUCCAAACUCUGAACGGUCCUCCGAUCACGCAUCGAACGCAUGCCAGCACUGAAUUCUGUUUACCAGAAGGGGCAAUGUGGUAAAACAACACAAGAUCGCACUAUCUUUCUCUUCAUCCGCACGUUUACAUUUGGUACAAAAUUGAUCUCCAGAAUUUCUUCUCAACUCAAAGUGUGUUCAAUUCAAUUCAAAACCAAACCAGUCUGACUGUCCCAAAAACAUUCUGGAGGGAGAGGGAAUUGAAUUUGGUGUUUUAGAGAGAGAGAGAGAGAGGAGGGUGGGGGAUGGGAAGAGCAUUUGUGUAUGUGAUACUAGGGGGAGGGGUUGGAGCUGGAUACGCGGCUCUUGAAUUCACUAAGAGAGGAGUCUCUCACGGUGAACUCUGCAUCAUCUCUGAAGAACCUGUUAGCUCUCUUUCUUUCUUUAUUUCAUUCUAUGUCAUUGUCUCUUUCCAUCUGUUAUAUGGUCAGGUUGCACCUUAUGAGAGACCCGCAUUAAGCAAAGGUUUUUUACUUCCAGAAGCUCCAGCACGCCUCCCAUCCUUUCACACCUGUGUUGGUGCCAAUGAGGAAAGGUUAACCCCAAAAUGGUACAAGGAACAUGGGAUUGAACUGGUUCUUGGAACACGGGUUAAGUCAGCAGAUGUGAAGCGGAAAACACUAUUAACAGCCACCGGUGAAACUAUAAGCUACAAAAUUCUCAUCAUUGCAACAGGUGCUCGGGCUUUGAAGCUUGAAGAGUUUGGACUUAAUGGAUCAGAUGCUAGGAAUGUGUGUUAUUUACGUGAUUUGGCUGAUGCAACCAGAAUUGUUGAUGUGAUGCAAUCUGGUAUCGGUGGGAAUGCUGUUGUCAUUGGUGGUGGCUACAUAGGAAUGGAGUGUGCUGCUUCUUUGGUGAUAAAUAAGAUAAACGUCACCAUGGUUUUCCCAGAGGAACACUGCAUGGCCCGUUUGUUUACCCCCAAGAUUGCGAGUUAUUAUGAAGAUUAUUACAAGGAUAAAGGAGUCAAGUUUAUCAAAGGAACUGUCUUGUCAUCAAUCGACAUGAAUUCUGAUGGAAAGGUUACAGGAGUUAAUCUUAGGGAUGAGAGUCAUCUUCCCGCUGAUAUGGUUGUGGUGGGAAUUGGAAUCCGUCCAAACACAGCCUUGUUUGAAGGCCAACUAACACUUGAGAAAGGAGGGAUCAAAGUGAAUGGUCGAAUGCAGACAAGCAACAACUCGGUCUAUGCUAUCGGUGAUGUUGCUGCAUUUCCAGUCAAACUUUUUGGGGAAAUCCGCAGGCUCGAACACGUUGACUCUGCUAGGAAAUCAGCAAGACAUGCUGUGGCUGCAAUAAUGGAGCCAGAAAAAACAGGCGAAUUCGACUACCUCCCAUUCUUCUAUUCCAGAAUCUUCACAUUGUCUUGGCAGUUCUACGGAGACAAUGCAGGGGAGGUAGUCCACUUUGGCGAUUUCUCUGGAAACACUUUUGGGGCUUACUGGGUUAGUAAUGGUCAUCUUGUGGGUUCUUUUCUUGAAGGCGGAACCAAAGAACAGUACGAGGCGAUAUCGAAGGCCACAAGGCUCAAACCAGCAGUUGAAGACUUGGCUGAGCUUGAGAACCAGGGUUUGGGAUUUGCUUUGGCGGCAAGUCAGAAGCAGCCACCAUCACCGCCACCUCUUAGUCGUGGCGGUACUCCACUUGCUCUGGAUAAACCGUUGUAUGCUUGGCAUGCAACCGCUGGUGUUUUGGUGGCGGCAUCGAUAGCGGCUGUUGCCUACUGGUAUGGAAGGAGGCGUCGAAGGUGGUAAGAAAAUUAGCAUUGGGAUUUGUGGAUUUGGGAUUUUGAUGGUUGGAUAGUGUAAUAUCCAUGUUGUAGCAUUCUUAGGGCUAUGGUGGAUUUGAAACACUUGCAUCUAAUGUGAUCAUUUCUAUUCAAGCAAUGAAGGAAUCAAUACGUUAUUCAAGAUAUACCUCAGUUGCAAAUGUUGUUACUA